AUGUCUGAACCGUCUCCCGUAGCUGACAUGCAUGACGCCCCUCAUGAAGGGGAGGAGCCGACAGCCCCUGCAAUCAUCACGCAGGUGGAAGGUGUUUUCACGACCAAAUUGCCCGAGGAAUAUCAUAUCCCUGAGGAUCCUAUUGUUUUGGAAGCCAAUCUUUCACGUUCUGGUCUAUCGGCCAUGCUUAAUGAUCUGCUUUCAUUACAAGAGCCGGCAGUCUUUGACUUCAUCAUCAACGGACACUUCUUGCGAACCAGCCUCGCAGNNNNUAUGUUUGAGAAGUUCAAUGUUCCGGCUUUUGCUGUCAUGAAUACAGCAGCCCUCUCCUUGUUCUCCACCGGUAUGCCCACGGGGCUAGCGGUCGACAUCGGGGAAGGGGUUACUCAUGCCACACCGGUUUUCCAAGGAUUUGCCAUCCCUCAUGCUACCUUCCGCUUGGACAAGGCUGGCAUGGAUAUAACUGAACAAUUGCAGAAGCUUAUAUCCCAACGUCAACCUACUAUCGCUUCCAAGGUGGCCGGGAUUGCGAGGUCGGGCCGCGAGUAUUUCAUAUAUGCUGAUAUGAAGGAAAGAUUCUGUCGAUUCCAGACGGCUCAUACUCAGAACAGAGAACAGAUCCAGCGCCUGAUGGAAUACCUCAGGCUAUUCUCUUCUGGGAAUAUUGUCACAAAGGAGAACAAUGAUGUCGUGACCAACACGGUCGAUGGUACGAUAACUGAUAUCUGCCGCUCGGCGCUCGAAAUAGUGGACUCGGAAAUAAGGCAAGGCCUGUGUGGGGUCCCAUGUCCUGUAUUCCAAUUGAUAUGUUCCAGAACUGACAUGCUCGGCAACAUUUACAUCUCUGGUGGUUCUUCCAUGAUACCAGGGAUAGCUUCUCGGUUGGAGGAUGAGCUGAAUAACAGUGGAAUAUCAGGCUCAGCAGGGCCGGUGAAAGUGAACGCGGAUCCUCAGAGAAAGUACGCAGCGUGGGUCGGUGGAUCCAUGAUUGCAUCAAUGAGUACGUUUGUGGAGUACAUGUGUGUCACACGGAAAGAGUAUGAGGAAGAUAAGAAUAACCUCCGUGGAACUCUAGCGCGGAAGACAUUCUGA